CAGGCCUCUGCCUUGCCUCAAAAAUGGCAGCUGAAGUUACUUCUUUUCUCAGACUCAAACAAGAACGUAGCUCAAAUUCAGAAAUUUUGAUCACCAAAGACUUGCUUGCAGGGCUAUCCAAGGUUUCUGACUCAGAAUCGAAUCUGGAUUCCAAGCUUUCUAUGGUGCAGCAGCAUGGAGAGCGAGCUGUGAGAUGCAACUCACCGAACACACCAUUAUCAUCCAUUUCAGCAUCAGAAGACUCAGAGAACAAGAAGAAUGAUCGUCAUGAAACAAAACCAGAAGCAGAUUUCCAGGACUUGAACCAUUUUCUGGAAGAAACUUGCCUGGACUUGAAGCUGCAAUCCUCAACUCGUUACCAAAGCGUUUGCACUCUUGACAAGGUCAAAUCCGCUCUGCAAAGAGCCCAAAAACAGGCCCUGGAAAGAAAACGACCUCCUUCUUCUUCUUCUUCUUCUUUUUCUCCUUCUUCAGGGCCCUUAAUCUUAUCAGCAUCAUCUUCAUUUUCAUCUUCGUCUUCCUCUUCAGGUCCUGGAAUGUUUGCAGCUGGUUGCCCUGGUUGCCUGUUUUAUGUAAUCACAUUAAAAGCAAACCCUCGAUGCCCUCAUUGCAACGCCACCGUACCGUCACCGGUGGCGGUGAAGAAGGUUAAACUUGAUCUGAAUUCAUCGUGUUGAUUUGAAGAUUAUUUUAAUCUCUUCCUGUAUAGUGAAAUUUAAGUUAGUUUUUAAGGGGUAAAUAAAUUAGGCUCAUAUUAUUAUUAUUAUAUUUAAAUUUAUUGUUCUUUUGUCGAA